UUCCCAUCCAAACGCCAAAACCAAGAACAAGAAGAAACCAACCCCCAAUGGUCAACAUGGCGGCUGCAAUUGCAUCCCCCAGCCUUCUCAUCCUCCUCUGUCUCAGCUUCCUCCUCACCAGCUCCACCUCGACGGCGCCCUACAACCCUCCCACCGUGCCGGAGCUCAUGGACCUGUUCGGCCUCCCGCGCGCGCUCCUCCCGAGCACCGCCCGGCGGUACCUCCUCCACGACGACGGCUCCUUCGAGCUCUUCCUCGACGACGUCUGCGAGGUCGAGGCCGGGGGCUACCGCGUCCUCUACGACAUCCGGCUCGCCGGAUCCCUGGCGGCCGGGUCGGUCACGGGGCUCGAGGGCGUCCGCGUCCGCGUGCUGUUCGUCUGGGUCCCCGUCACCGGCGUCGAGGUGGGCGGCGGGGUCGUGACCCUCAGCGUCGGGCCCCUCAAGAAGUCGUUCCCGGCCGUCGGGUUCAAGACCAGCCCCCGGUGCGCCGUCGCCGGCCCGGCCGCCGCCGAUGUCGCUUAGUAUCCAGAGCAGUUAGUUAGGUGCGGUUCUUAGCUAGGCCACUUGUACUCGUAUUGCAUUGGACGAUGAAAUACGUGUGUAUACAUUUUCUUUGCGAUGAAAUACGUGUCUAUACGCAUAUAUCUACACGAUAUAUCAUUGUAUUUGC